AUGGCGAAAGCUUAUGAUCGGAUUGAGUGGGAUUUCUUACAUCAGGUUUUGAUAUCUAUGGGGUUCCCUAUUGGUUUUACACAACUUAUUCUCAGGUGUGUGUCUUCUGUAUCCUAUGCACCUCUGAUUAAUGGUGAACCGGCUCCUUUCUUCUCUCCUCAUAGAGGUCUCAGGCAAGGGGACCCCCUUUCCCCUUACCUAUUUAUCUUAUGUGCAGAAGUUCUUUCCAGUUUGUUGGCUGAUCAGGUGAGGGGAAAAAAUCUCCAUGGGGUGACAGUAGCAAGGGGGGCUCCCAUGAUUAGUCACCUAUUCUUUGCAGAUGAUAGUUUAAUUUUUGGAAGAGCUACUGCAGAGGAGGCAGAUUGUAUUUUAAAGGUCAUCAAACUUUAUGAGCAAACUUCAGGUCAAUUAGUUAACAUGGACAAGUCUGAGAUUUCAUUUAGCCGAAAUGUGAUAAGCACCGUUAAGGUUUUGAUCCAAGAAAGGAUGGGAGUAAAGGCUGUGGAAAUCCAUGACAAGUACCUUGGCUUGCCUACAGUUAUUGGUAGAUCUAAGAAAGCAAUCUUUGCAAGGGUACAAGAACGUGUUUGGCGGAAAUUACAGGAUUGGAAGGGGAAAACAUUGUCUAAGGCAGGUAAAGAAGUUCUUCUCAAAUCAGUAGCCCAAUCAAUUCCUACUUAUGUCAUGAGUUGUUUUAAAAUUCCGGAGGGAAUUUGCCACAAGAUUGAGGGUUCCAUGUCCAGCUUUUGGUGGGGACAGCAGCGAGAUGAACGUAAAAUUCAUUGGAUCAGUUGGAGGCAAUUAUGUAAACCAAAGCAUAGAGGUGGGAUGGGCUUCAGAGAUCUGGUUGAUUUCAAUCAUGCAUUAUUAGCCAAGCAAGCAUGGAGGCUAUUACUGACUGGGAAUUCACUACUGUAUAGAGUAUUGAAAGCAAGGUAUUUCCCCCGAACUUCUAUACUAAAUGCUCAGCUUGGUUUCCAACCAAGUUAUUCUUGGAGGAGUAUAUGGGAGACACUUGGGACUGUACAGGAAGGAUUGAAAUGGAGGGUAGGAGAUGGUAAAGAUAUUAGGAUAUGGCAUGAUGCAUGGCUCCCUGGAUGUGGAGAUGGUGUAAUUCAUUCUCAUCAGACCAUUCUACCACAAGAUGCUCAGGUUUCUUCACUUAUUUUGCAGGAAAGCAGGAGAUGGAAUGGACCACUAAUAGAUCAAAUAUUCAAUCAUCCAGAAGCUCAAAAAAUAAAACUUAUACCUUUGAGUUGGGCAGAAGGAAGAGAUAGAGCUUUCUGGAGAUGGAGCAGGUUUGGAGAUUUUACAGUAAGAUCAACAUAUAUCCAGCUGCAAAAUAAAAAGGUGAGCAAUGAAGCAAGUUCCUCAGUUGGGACACAAUUCCCUUGGAAAGCAAUCUGUGAAUGGCUUGAGCAAGGAUUUCGCCAGCAAGAUGAAGAUUGGGUUGUGGCUGUUAUACAAGUGCUUCAUGUUAUUUGGAGGGCAAGGAAUAAUGCUUAUUUCAAUCAGGUAGUGGCUGAUCCAGGAAUGAUGAUACAACUGUCUAUAAAUAACCAUUUGGAGUGGAUAGAGGCUCAAGAACGAUGUGAAUCAAGGGUUGAUGAGCAAGCAAGGAAUAUCAGAUGGGAAGCACCACCACAAGGAGUCAUUAAAUUAAAUGUAGAUGCUGGUUGGUCAGGUCAUAACUCCACUGGAUUUGGACUGGUUGCUAGAUCAGAUAGGGGUGAACUUAUGAUGGCAGCAACGAAGGUGGAGCAAUAUCGCCUGGAUUCCUUAUUAGCUGAAGCCUAUGCUGUUCCUUGGUGUCUUCAAAUGGCAUCUGAAAUGGAUUUGGAAAAUGUGAUUGUGGAGUCUGAUUCAUUAGCUGUAAUACAUGCCUUACGUACUGGUUCAUGUCCGCCAGAUAUAGAAGCAGUGAUACAAGAUUGUAAAGUCUUAUUUUCUUUGUUCCCUGUAAUCUGUUUCAGUCAUGCAAGAAGACAGGCAAACAGUGUGGCCCAUGAACUGGCAGCUCUAGCUAGUAAUUUCCCUUUCCAUGUUUGGUGGCAUGAGCCUCCACCUGUUGUUGCUCAUGCCUUGGUUGUAGAUUCCACUUACAUUGAUUAA